UUGGAUGGCAGUGAGUUAGAAAGGGGGGUGAAAACGGAACGCCGGGGCCUGGGCAAUGAGACGCGACUGAUGGUUUUGUAAAUAUGGAUAAAUGGAUAAAAGUAACAACCAGUCAGCCGAGAGCAGUAUAAAUACAAGUGCAAAUAUCUGCAGACUCCAAGUAUCGGUUUAUCCACUUUCUCUUCGCAUCCGAAGAUUCAAAUGCCAAAACAUCCAUUCUCUUCAAAUUCAAAUUCAACUUCAAAUCAAAUGCGCCUCCCAGAUUUGAUCCCUGAUCUGCCCCACGAUCUGGCGCUGGAAUGUCUCUCCCGGCUGCAUUUCUCCGUCUACUCGCUCGCUUCCCGCGUCUCCCCUCAAUGGCGUCACCUCCUCCGCAGCCACUUCUUCUACCGCCACAGGAAGAAAUCCGGCCGCACCCGUAACCUCGCCUGUUUGAUUCAGGCUCUCCCCCCUAAAAAUCUAAACGAUGGCCUCAAGCCGACCUCCUCGCCUGCUUAUGGCGUCACCGUCUUCGACCCUCUCAGUCUCACCUGGGAACGCCUCCGCCCCGUUCCCGAUUUCCCCCUCGGCCUGCCUCUCUUCUGUCAGACCGCCAGCUGCCAGGGCAAGCUGGUGCUCAUGGGAGGCUGGGACCCCCUCAGUUACGAGCCCCUCACGGACGUGUUCGUCUACGAUUUCAGGAUGAAUGAAUGGAGGAGGGGGAAGGACAUGCCGACGAAGCGAUCGUUCUUCGCGAUCGGAUCCCGCGACGAUCGGGUCUACGUGGCUGGCGGGCACGACGAGAACAAGAAUGCGCUCAAAACGGCGUCGGUUUACGACGUGGUGAAGGACGAGUGGGCGGAGUUGCGGCCGAUGAGUCAGGAACGGGACGAGUGCCAGGGGAGGGUGGUGGGGGAGGAGUUCUGGGUGGUCAGCGGGUAUGCUACGGAGCAGCAGGGAAGGUUCGAAGGGUCGGCGGACGCGUACGGAUUCCGGUCGGGCCAGUGGAGGCUGGUGGAAGGGGUUUGGGAAGCGGGUCGGUGCCCGAGGUCGUGCAUUGGGGCGGGGAAGGACGGGAAGCUAGUGAGAUCGGGCGAGCUAGAAUCGGAGCUCCGAGUCGGGGUAUGCGGGGUGACGCUGGGUUCGACGACGCUGGUGACUGGAGCGGAGUGCCAAGGGGGACCGCAUGGGUUCUACUUGCAGGAAGGGCAGGAUUGUAAAUUGAAGAAUAUCACCGUGCCCGAUGAUUUUUCUGGUUUUGUUCAGUCAGGGUGCUGUGUUGAGAUUUAGUGAAACCGGAGCAGAGUGACAUGGAAUUUUCUUUCGGAAUAGAGGGUGGUACACUAUAUUCAGCCGUUGAUGUUAUGCGUACAAAACACUGUGACUUGAUCUUAAAUAUGUAAAUAUAAAUAAUGAGAUGAUGUAUGCACCAUUAAUUAUUUUAAGUGCAUAGAGGACCAACUCAUGAUGCUAGGA